AACAAAACUCAUAAUCGCAGAUUCGCAGUAGACCAAAAUCCUAAAAACAUUUCCAGGGAGGCUCCGGCCCUAACCAAAUUGCAUUGCACACAAAAGAACCAAAAUUAGAGAGGAUAGAGAGCUAAAAUGGAAUCCUACCAACCGCCGCACCACCACUAUAUGAGACCUCCACCACCACCUCAAGCGCCACCGCCGAUAGCAGGGGAUUCACAUUAUCCUCACCACAAUCAGCCUCCUCCUCCUCCACCACCAGCAAACUCGUGGUAUUCCGGCCAAUUCCAAUAUCAACCUUCUCACUCUCCCUCCCAUCUUCCUCCUCCUCCUCCUCCUCCACAGCAGAAUCAGUGGGGCCCACCACCACCCCAACCUCCCCCUCCUCCGCCGUAUCACGGUCAUCCUCACCAGCCUUAUCCUGCGCAACCUUACCCUCCUCUUCCUCCGCCACCUCGUCCUUCCCAAGCACCUCCUCCCCCUUACCAGCAUCAGGAUUGGGCAAAUGCAAAUUGGAGCCAUCAUGCAGGUUGGGAAUAUCCUGCCCAUGACAAUGAAGACUGGGAAGCCAAGGCAAGGGCUUGGGCAUCUGCUAGAUCUGCAAUGGAAAAUCAGCAUCCACAGACGCAGUAUACAUCAGUGGCAAGGCAAGAAGAGCCAUCUCACUAUGCAAACCAGUAUGCACAACCUGUUGAAUCUCAUUAUCAAGAUGUUCAUCAAACUUCCAUUCCCGCAUCUGGUUUUCAGCAGUAUCAAGGACCAGUUGCACCUUUAAAUAGACCGCCGAUGGUUCAUCAGCAGGACCCUGCACCCAUCAGUUCAUAUGCUUCAGAUGCUCAUCUUUCAUUCGCUGCUAAUGAUGGAGCUCUUGGCGGAGACAGGAGCGCUUCGUUUCCUCGCCAUCAAGGCUCAACAAGUUAUUUUGUUCAUCAGCAGGAGGUACCUUCUAGUUAUUCUUCUGUUCCAGGCAAGGAAGAUGGCUCACAGGGACAUCAACAUGGACACUCCUUGCUCCUCGCUGAUGGUAGGUCAGUACCGGCGGAUCAUUCUCAGUAUGCAUAUGGAAACCAUCCACCGGAUCCAAUGGAUCAACCUCUUAGUUUUGCACCAAGAUUCAGCCAUGAAAAUGAUCCAAAUAUGAACUCCGGCUAUCCUGAUUCAUCAGGACCUGUAAGAGGAAACGAUUCUGUUACUGCUGUGUCUUCCUUACAUGCUUGGCCUCCAGUUGCACCUGGCGUGUCCUAUCCACCAAUUACACCCGCAUUUCCAUCAGCAGCACAGCAUGAUCCGUCUAUAGGUGUACCUCCACUUCAUGGCCAGUCGGGACCUAUGUUUGGAAGAGGCCCAAGCUUUCAGCCUGUGGUUCCAUCUAUUACUACACCUGUUGGUUUGGGUGCAGGAAGUUCUCUUCAUCCUACUGCAGGUUUUCCCACUGAUGCAUAUGGGGCUCCCUUGAGUUCUGAGCGUCCUAAAAAGGCUGCAGUGCCUAAUUGGCUAAGAGAGGAAAUAAUUAAGAACAAAGCUACAAUUACAAGUUCGGCACCAGAGCCCUUUAAAGAGGAAAGUCAAUCAAACGAAGAUGAAAUAAUUGGUAAGUCAACAGGAAAGGGUGACCAGGCAGACAGCAAAAGCAUGGAUUCAGCUAGGUCGGCUGAAGAAGAGGAUGAUGAUGAGGACUAUGAAGAAGCUCAAAGAACUGCAGCCAUGAAUCAGGAAAUAAAACGUGUAUUGACAGAAGUUCUCUUGAAGGUGACUGAUGAGCUUUUUGAUGAAAUUGCCACAAAAGUACUCAGCGAAGAUGAUCAUGCUGCUGAUGCUAUGACUAAGUCUGAGAACGAUAUCCCAAUUAUUAAGGCAUCACCACCACGUCCACCUGUUUCAGCUCUUAAAGCUUCUGCAAAGGUCCUUAUUCCAGGGAAAGCAAAAGAAUCCGAGGGACAUGCUAGUGGAGAAUCUAGUUCUGGUACUCCUGGGGCUGGGAAUGUCUUAGGCCUUGCAAAUUAUACUUCUGACGAUGAUGAUGAAAUCCAGACUUCAGGUGUGUCAAAGUCUGAUAGAGCUGCCGGUGAGAAUGGUCAUCGACAGUCAGAAGCUGAAGAUUACAGGAAAAAUCUGGUUGCUGCUGAAGGUGAUCGUAGUAAUGGAAGUUCAAUUAGGGGCAAAGGUGACCAUGAUUCUCCACCUUCUAAGUUGAAUGACUAUAGGAUAACUAAGAACUUGGAUAACGAGGUUCAGCAAGCCUCUUCUAAAAGCUCAGUGUCUUUGGGUAAGAAAGGUGACGGUCUUGUCGAUGAUGAACAAUCAAUUGUUAAGUCUGAUGCUGCUAGGCUAACAGAUAAUGGUCGUAAAUCAACUUUAAGUAGGCCAGAUGUUCCCACUGAGAAAGGAAAUUCGAAGAAUUCAGCCAAAGAAGAUUCUCAGGAAAGAGAUCCCAAAAGACGCGAUAGACACGAAAGUAAGAGGAGUUCCUCUGGAAAGGACAAUCACAAGGAGAUGGAGAUUGGGAGGAAAAGGGAAGCUGAGAAGGAGGAGACUCGUGGUAGAAAAGACGAAAAACAUCCAAAGAAGGAUAAAACAGAGGAUUCUAAUAUCUUGAGAGAGAGGUCGAAAGAGCGAGAUGAUAAACAUGGGGAUAAAGCAAGGGAAUCUGAUUCAAGAAGAAGAUCCCCUCUUCAAGAAGAUAAGGGCAGCAGAAAAGAAAGGGAGAGAGACAAGAAGAGAAGUGGUAAAGAUGACGCUGACAAGAAAAGAGAGAGAACUAAGGACGACAAAGCUGAUAAAUCAAGACACAAGUCCUCAAGUGAUUCAAGUAGACAUAAACGGAGGCGUUCCUCAUCAGUUGGUAGAGGUAGGAAAAAUGAGGAAAGUGCAAUAGUUUCGGAUGGUUCAGAUGAUGAAGCCUCAGAUGACUCUAAAAGGAAGGUUCGUUCAAAAAGACAUAAUUUGUCACCGUCUCCUACCAGGUCUAAGCGAAGGUAUGUACUAAGUGGGUUUUUUCAUCUUAACAUAAGCCAAAGUGUAAACUAUGUAUCAUUUUUGAUGUUGAACAUAUAUAACGAGAUCUUUCUCCGGGCUACUGAUUUCCUAUUUAAAUGGAGCGCAUGUGGUAAUUUUGAUGGAAAUAUUGGCUGCUUUUUCUUUGAAGUGUCUUGUGCUGAUACAAUGACUGAUUCAUAUUUCAUAGGGCUUAUGUAUCAUGAAUUCAUGACACUACAUCUGAAAGCUUAACAAAUUUUUUUGGCUCUUUUAUCUUACUCCCUCCGUCCCGGAAUACUUGACCUGUUUUCCUUAUCGGGCCGUCCCUUAAUACUUGACCUGUUUCUAAAAAUGGAAAUAUUCUAACAAUAUUAUAUUAUUUCUCACUCCACCCCUAUUAACCCACCUACCCCCUACUUCAUACAAAAAAUAAUUAAAAAUUCAACCCCUACUCUCCCCCAACCCCACCCCUUUACACAUUUCCCACUAACUACAUUAAAAUAAUACCCCACUAUCAACUACUACCUAUUAAAUUAAAUAAGUCAAUUCAAGUCUCUUAAACUCUGUGCCGGUCAAACCGGGUCGAGUAUUCCGGGACGGAGGGAGUAUGAUGUAUCCCAUUUGAAGUACCCAAGAUGAAUGGUCAACUGAGUGUACUUCCAUUUCUUUGAAAAUACUCUUGUGCAUACAGCUACUCAUAUAAGCUACUCCAUUUUUCUAUAUAGUUGCCUCUGUUUUUACGACUUUUACUUUGCAACAAUCAUUCCUUGGAACUAUUCUUCUUUGAAUUCUUCUUCGUCUGUUUUUCUACUUUUAGCAUAAUUCCAGAUUUGCUUGGCGUCUAAAAGGAAAUAGAUUAAAAUGCAAAACUAGUACGAUCUGGUUUCUUGUACGAUUGGCUUAUACCUAGGUUGCUACGUAAUUGUACAAGUAGAUAAUUGGAGUUUAUCUGAUUCUCUCAUGACUCUCCUACAUGGAGUAUAUUGUUUCACAGUUUUGUUACUUACAUGAGAUUUGUUUAGUCAUUGAACUGUGUUGUAUGCUUAUUUGAUUUUGAGCAAGCAUGUACAUUUGUUGUUUUUAAUUGCUUAUGCUAUCAUGGUUGGCUCCAUAUUACUAAAUCAGAUUGAAACCCUAGUGCGUAGAGGACACUGUAGCUGGACAAUUAUUUGCUGGACUGACUUAAAGUUUGAAGCUGUUCCAUUAAUUGUGUUGCAUUGUUUACUCGUUGCAAAUUCUGUUCAUCACAGUGCUCUUUCUUGACUAAAAUCAAAACUGAAAGUGUGUAAUAAUGUGGUAUGUCUGUGGACUAAAUGAUUAGUAUCCGGCAACACUGGCUUUGCAUGAUAUAGCUGUAAUCAUAAAACUUAGGGUGAGUUUAUCCCUAGUCUUGAGUGGAGUCUUUAUCCAGACUCUUGGGAUAAUGUGUUGAAAGACUGUAGCAAGUCUGGAGUUGGGUUUGGAAAUCCAAGAAUUCACUUUUUUCUCCAACCAAAUCUAAUCAUGACACAUCAUCACAGUGUCGCACUUUAUCCUACUUAAUUAUCUUUUUUAAGGAGCUAGAUGAGUCUUUUGUGAGUCUGAAUAAUAAAAAGGUAGGUAAAAGUUAGUGGAAAACUAAUGUGGCAGCGUCUGGAGUUUGGGGUUGAGUCUGAGGAUAAACUCACCCUUAGUAAUAUUAGUCUGUUACAUAUUACAUACUAUCUGCAUUCCUACUUCCUAGAUCAUUUUCACUUUCCAUUUGAGGAGUUCUGCAGUGGUUGGCCACUAUCCUCUCAGUCUCUCACAGAUACCUUGUAUAUAUAUGUUCACUUUUCAGGACUUAGUUUGUGAUUUGUAUACUUCUCUUUUUCUAUCUACUUGUGAUUAUCCUGUUGUUGCUGCUACUGGUAUUAAUGUUUCUACUGUGAUUAAUUGUGGGCAAUGAUGGUUGUUGUACUUGUUUACUACCAGGAUGAAUUGUGUCUGGAUUCAGAACCAUGACUAACAUAGCUGAUCAAUUCCAAACAUAUAUAUAUAUAUGUCAAAAAUUUUAAUUUCAAUGUUGGAAAUUUGCAAAUUAAAUUGAUUAACAAUAACAAAUGAGUCCACAUCACAAUAUGUUUUAUUGUUCCAUGAAUGAUGUUCAACAAAUAUAUCUUUUCGAAGUGCGAAAGUGAUGGUGGUCUACUAUCAGUCUUAUUUGCUGAAAAUUUUGCUUUCUCGAUGCCCAGUCUGUGAGUGCAUGUAUGGCUGCUGUGGCUAAGAAAUAUUGAUUUAUGAAUGUGAUUAGUAUAGCUUUGAAUACUGUCCGGGGUGCAUAGAAGAGUAACGUCCUGGCCAUGUUUUUGUUUGUUUCAUUUGGCAGUUAUAGUACAUGUUUUUAGGGUAGAAAUGAUGGAAUGUGUUUGAAGGUUUUUUUCUAUGUGACAUUGAACACCCCGACUCCUUAACUGGGUGAUGGUUCAAUUUCCUGUCAGUAAGCCAAUGUUUUUGUGAAGGGGGUCUCAUUCUUAAUAGUCUUAUAGUGAUUAAGGCUGAGCAUCAUGUCCUGUAUUUGAAGUUAUUGCUCAUGGGAUCAGUAUGAUGGAUGUUUUUAUUUUUAGACAAGUUUCGCGGUCUCCUCAUAGCAAGCAUUCACAGCGCAGGCAUUCUCCUUACUCUUCUCUUGAUGAUAGCAGGUAUGCUUUGGUGUUUGCAGUUUGCUGUUUUAACUUCACUAUUCAUUGCUCCCUUUUUAGUUAUUUGUUAAAAAAAUACAGUAAACAGGAAGGAGAAGAAAAGGGUAAAACUUAGUUAGAAGAGAUAGUACAUUUUUUUAAUUUUUUUUUUGAGUCACAGCAGACCAUUUUUGUAUUAGAAGAGAGCUAUAUAAAGGUUCUAAUACAGAUUAAUUAAAUUAGGUGAAAGGUAAAUUCUGACAAUUUCUAAAGCUGCACAAAUUAUAAUCACUUUUCAAUUUUUUUUGUGUGUAGGGCGAGGAGGUCAAGGUCAAGAUCAAGAUCCAGAUCAAAAUCACCAGCCCGUCGCCGUAGAUAAUACAACCUAAAAAAUGCUGAAUGAUGGUGUCAGAACUCAGAGACGAGGUCCUGUUCGCAUAUGACGAGCACUGGCAAGUUCCAGCAUGAGAGUAACGGUUCUUCUUGAAGGAUGAAUGUCAUACGGAGUACUCAUUAUCCUGUGACGCUCUCGAACACCUGAAUUUUAGGUCACUGUUGAAAGAUAAUUCGCGGAGCAUUGAGAAGAUGAAGAUUCAUUCUUGAGUUGCUAGAGAUUUUGUGUUUUUUGGUGUAUGAUUCAAGGCAUACAUUUCUUUUUCUUGUGACUACAGAUUCUGUAAACUGAUGGAAGGUUGUAUCUUCUUUCUGUGCAAGUCAAUUGUUGAGUUUCCAACCGGAGUAGUUUUCUGUAUAAUUUUAGUCAUAUGUAUUCCUCUUGUGCUUUGGUUUCAGAUUUUUUUUAAAAAUUCUAAUUUGGUCUAUUGCUCUUUCCUUGUGCUUA